ACAUGGACACAGAGUCGGAAGACAUCCAGAAGGCUUGCUAUGACGUACUGCGGAAAGUGUCGAAGAACAGGCGCUACAUCCUGAAAAGGGACUACUUCGACAAAGUACCAGCAAAUGAAGUCAGCAUCAAGUCCCCUGUUAAGGAUGUCUCAGAUGAAGAAUGGGAAGCUCUAACUGCUCUGUGGGUAACCCCAAGACACAGGAACACAUGUACCAAGAACAAGGACAGUCGUCCUGCGGUCAAAUUUGGCCAAAAGACUGGCUCUCGUAGCUAUGCUGCUCAUCUGUAUGCAACUAGGGAGGAGCGCAGAGGUGAAGAGCUAGAUGUAGUUGACAUCUUUAAGGCGACCCAUCACAGCAAGAAGGAUGGUUUCUCAGAGGAAGCUCUAGCUACAAUAGCUGAUAUGGAAGCUGAGAUGGCUACUCCUGUGCCAGAAGGUGCACCGCCAAGGUCUGCAGUCGCUGUUGUUGCAAAGGUUCUUAGCAAGGAAGCCAAGCACAUCACUUUCCUGAAGAAUGCUGGACUUCAGCCCAGUUCCACUAUCAAGCUCAACAAGCCCACCGCAGCUGCUGUAUCAGCACAUGUUCAUGACCUGGAAGCACAGCUGAAGAGGUCCUAGGAGGAAGCUGAACAGAUGAAGCAGCAGUUUGCUGCCAUCAUGGAAGAAGCAGCUGCCCAGAAGGAGAAGCAAGCGGCAAAUGAAGCGGCACAAGCUCAGCGUGACAAGGACUACAUGGAGCUCCUCAAGCGGACUGAGGAAAGUGAUAGGAGGCUUGCUCACAUGAUGUCCAUCUUCGGAGCUUCUGCGAAUUAGCUCCCGCUGCUGGUCCUAUCCCUUUUUUGUGUCCCGCCAUGGAACUUGGUCACAUCCUGGCAGCGUGACAAUAACUUGGUCAUAUCUGUGAACUUCUUAUUGGUGAAUCUGUGAAGUUUCUUGACAUG